AUGGAAAAGAACUUUAAACAAGCUCUGCCGGGCUGGUCGGGGAGGUUUUGGGGCAGAACCCAUUGCACAUUUGACCCGAACACCGGCCAAGGAAGUUGCGCUACCGGUGAUUGCGGCUCCAAUCAGGUGGAAUGCAAUGGAGCCGGCGCAGCGCCUCCGGCUACCUUAGCCGAAUUCACGAUAGGGUCGGGUACGAAUUCGGGUGCCCAGGAUUUCUACGAUGUUAGCCUUGUUGACGGAUACAACUUGCCAAUGAUAGUCCAGCCGAAAGGAGGGUCGGGCGCCUGCGGUUCAACCGGGUGCAUAACUGAUUUGAACCGGAUGUGCCCGAAUGAGUUGCGGGCCGGUGACGGGCAUGCAUGCAAGAGUGCAUGUGAAGCGUUUGGGAAUCCAGAAUACUGUUGCAGCGGCGCGUAUGGUUCACCCACUACCUGUCGGCCAUCAACUUAUUCUGAGAUUUUCAAAACUGCAUGUCCGAGAUCGUAUAGCUAUGCAUACGAUGAUGCUACGGGUACAUUUAUGUGUAGUGGGGCAAAUUAUGAAAUCACGUUCUGUCCCUCACGUACGAGGUAAACUAAAUCAAAAGAUAUUUUUUCAUAUGUAAGUUAAGAUUUGCUUUCGAAAAAAGGAAAAAAAAUGCUAAAUUUGU